AUGAGCACAACAGAAGACAUCAAAAAGGAGGGAGCGGGGGCUGGGUCAGAGCAUGUGAUACCCACGGCGAGCUCAGGGAGUACCGCCCAAAAGACGGAAGAGCCGGAGGUUGAGAGCUUCCCAGAUCCAGAUGAGGAUGAUCUGGAUGAUUUAGAUGACAUGCUUGAUGAGUUUUCGUCAGUCAAGCUGGACGCAAAGCCAGCUGCGGCACCGUCAAAUCCACCACCGCCAACAGCAAGCGCGGCUCCUAAACCAGAACCUGCGCCGACGGCUGCCCCGGUGCCUGAGCCAAGUGUCGAGGAAGACCUCUCAGAGGAGGAGUUUGCCAAGCAGUUGCAGGCUGGCAUGGCCGACUUACUUGGUCAAUUAGACAGCUCUCCCGACAUGCAGGCGCAGUUUGAGGACAUGUUCAAGAAAAUGAACGAAGCAGCAGAGGAUGCAGGGCUAGGCGAGGAGGCUGGCAAAUCUACCGAGGGCAAUGCCAAGUCAACCCCGGCCCCCCCGGUGAACGAUGCAUCAUUCCAGGACACCAUCCGCCGCACUAUGGAGCGGAUGCAAAACUCGGGAGACCAGGCCACCGCUGCUGCUACUUCGGCUGGUGAGAACGAUUUCAUGAGUGAGAUGCUCAAGCAACUGUCUUCUGGCGAGCUCGGUGGAGAAGGUGGCGAUGAGGAGUUCUCCAAGAUGCUAAUGGGCAUGAUGGAGCAGUUAACGAAUAAGGAGAUUCUCUACGAACCCAUGAAGGAGCUGCACGAAAAAUUCCCCGCGUGGCUGGAGAAGAACAGAGCCUCAACGCCAGCAGAUGAUCUGAAGAGAUAUGACUUACAACAAAAGCUUGUGAACGAGAUUGUAGCCAAGUUCGAAGAGCGGACCUACUCAGACUCCAACGCUGCAGACAGAGAAUACAUCGUGGACAGAAUGCAAAAGAUGCAAGAGGCAGGUUCGCCGCCAUCAGAUCUGGUUGGAAGCAUGCCCUCCGCGCAGGAGGCUUUAAGCAUGCCAGACGACCAGUGCAAUCCACAAUAA